AUGCGCCUUACGGCGAGCGGCGACGGGGUCGCCCGUCGCCCGCGGAGUUUUACCUCGAAGAUCGCAGCGAGCGCGAGCGACGCCGAGAUCGGCGGCUUCAGCAAGGACCUGGACGAGAUGCGACAGCGACUGCGUGCGAUGCGAGUGGAAGAGACACAGGAGAUUCAGCAGCUGCGGAAGAAGCAGGAACAGGAGGCUUUCGAAGCGGAGCAGGCGCAGAAAUUGCGCGAGCAGCAGAUUCUCCUCCUGCAGAAGCAGCGCCAGUUAUCUUACGCCACGUGGCGCGGCGAAGGCUCGCGUCCGUACGAGUCGCCGUUCGACAAGGAGUCGGAGCUGCUACCCUCCGCGUAUCACGCUGUGGUCGGCAAGCCGCACUUACCUGUCGCGAACGCACCAGUAAGAAUCGACCACGUGGAGCUUCCUCCGCCAGUAUGGUCCGCGUCGCGUUCGUCCGCAAGCCUCUUCAACUAUGCGAGCCGCGGCACUGGCUCUAUUAGUCGGGCCACCGGGUCCGGCGCGCGCGGCUUGGGCGCCGCAAUGCCCGGCGCCAGCAGCGGCGCGAGCCGGAGCAGCGGGGGAAGCAGCUUGUCCGACGCCGUUUGCUCUAGCAGCAGCAGCAGCGGCUGUGACGUGGCGAUGACGUCACACCCGUUCAGCAGCAUUGUCCCUCCUUACACGGGCUUCAGCUUGAAGAGCUCUACGAGCGGGGCUGGCGAGAGCGCCCGAUACAAUCACACGCGCAGCGCAACCAGUAGCAGCAGCACGGACGAGAUUGACGAUACCGCGGAUUUCAACCCGCGCAGCCAGCGCAAUCCGGUCGCGCUACCCGUUCCGAAGCUCCCCACUCCGCCUGCUCGCACGCCUACCCCCUUCGUUUCUGUCACGCCGCAGACCCACCCGCUAGCUACUAGCACAUCCGUUAGUUGCGCUCACGACAGUGUCAUGGCGGGCGUUUCGUCCUCACCGCCGUCCGAUCCUUUUGAGGAGCUGCCAUCUGAACCGUCCACCCCGAUCGUCCUCUAUUCGCCCACCGCGUUCGCCGCUCGUCAUCCCUCCCUCCAGCCGUCGUUCAGCUGCUUUCUCACCUCCUCCGCUCUCCACUCCUCCGCUUCGUCCUAUUCCUCCUCCUCACCUUCUUCCACCUCCGCCUCCCCGUUCUCCUCAGCUUUAUCCUCGUCUUUGUCAGCCUCGCUAUCCGCUACUGCCGAUGCUGCGGAUGCCGCCGAUUCCGAUGAUGCGCCGCUUCUUUCGUCGUCGACUGAGCCCGGCUCUGCGCACGCCGCUCGUUAUAAUCACUACGCGGAAGACGCGCUUGAGGCCUCCCUUCCGCCCCCUCCCAGCGGUUCCGCUGAUGCUGUUAUUGACGAGCCCUUGCCGCCAGCGGCCACGCAAUCCGACGUGGCAGAUGCAACGUGGCAGGAACCCGAUGCCUUCUCUGCGCAUUCCUUCGCUCGCUCCGCAAGCCGCGCCGCGUUCGACGGUGGCGUUGCUCCUUCUCUGCCGCAUGCCUCUCUUCUGAUGGCUUCUGACGACCUCGCGCAAGUUUCGGAUGUAGUAGCAGCCCCGAGCGCAACUAGCACCGCACCUGGCGCCGCAUCUUCCGCCGCGAAUGGCGCCGCAACAGCCGCCGCCGGUGGAAGCUCCUUUCUCGGGAACCUCUUCUCAUGGACUCGCGCAGAAACGACAACGCAGCCGCCCAAGGCUGUGUCGCUGCCGCCCACGCUCUCUCUCGCUUCAGCACAGGUGUUCACGGGACCGGAAUUUCACUCCGCGUCAACCUACUUCGGUUCCACGUCAUCAGGGAGCUCCAACCGUUCAAUCAACGGCUACGAUGCGGAAUCGGAGGGCAUCGACGGCUCACGGACCAAGGAGGGGAAAGGAGGGGAAAAUGGAUUUGAGAACAAUAAAGAGGAUGACAGUAACGAGUUUGACGAGCCGCUUUAUUUGCUGGACACGAAGCACGGGGCGCGCAGGGAAGUGGGGUGUGACUAUGGCGAGCGUGCCAGCAGCUGUGCUGGAUCUGGCACUGGCGGUGGGAAGGGAUACGCGCUAUUGAGCUUGGAUGAAGGCGAUGCGGUGACGUUUAACGAAGCGAGCCCGUCCUGCUGGGCUCCCACGUCAGCAGCCACGUCAGCAGGCACCACCACCACUGGUGCUCCUCCUGCUGCUCCUCCUGCCGCUGCGUUUGCGAGCAUGGGAGGCAAGGGGCCCAAGUCGUCGUCUAAAGCGGCUGCUGCGGCGGCCAUUGCUGCCGCCACUGCCGCCAAGUUCGCCGCAUUGGGGAUUGGGGGGAAGGCGGAGGAGAAGCGCCAGGCGGAAGCCGCGGAAGGGGGAGCGGGCGGGGAGUCGGGAAGCCGGGGGGAAGGAGGAUGGGGAGAAGGGGAAGGGGAAGGGGAGGAAGAAGACGAGGAGGAGGAGGAGGGCGGGGAGAGGAGAGGGGGCGCGCGGAAGGCGUUCUGGGAUGAGGGGGAGUAUGAGGGGGAGGGGGAGGCGGAAGAGGAGGUGAACGAGAUUCUAGAGCUUCAGGAGUGGAUGGAGGCGCAAAUGCUGGUUGAGGGGGUGCGGAGGGCGCUCACGCGCGGAGGGACUGGGGGAAGCGGAGGGGUUGGGGGAAGCGGAAGAGGGAGAGUGAAUGAGGUGGAAACCGGAGGGGGAGCGGCAGCAGCAGGAGCAAGAGGAGGGGGAGCAGCAGCGAGUGUGUGCGAUGCUGAGAUGGAAGCGUGGAUGCUUGCUCUGCCUCCGCUGGUGGUGAUGGCGCGCAGUGACAAUGGGGUUGAGGAGACGAGUGAGGAGGAAGUGGUGGUGGAAGAGGAGGGAGAUGAGGUGGUGGAGGUGGAAGAGGAGGAGGUAGAGGAGGAGGCGGUAGAGGUGAUUGAGUUGGAGGAAGGGGAGGAGCUGGAGGAGGGGAUGGAAGUGGUAGAGAUAGUGGAGAGGGAGGAGGAAGAGGAGAGGGAGGAGGAAGAGGAGAGGGAGGAGGAAGAGAGGAAGGAGAGGGAUUCUGGCAGUGAAUGUGGGAGUGAGUAUGAGAGUGAGAGGGAGAGUGAUGAGGGGAGUGUGAGUGAGAGGGGUAGUGAGUGUGGGAGUGAGAGUAGGAGUGAGAGUGGGAGUGAGUGUGGGAGCGAUGUUGGGUCAGUAAGUGAGGCGAGUGAGAGUGUGAGUGUGAGUAGCGGAAGUGAGAGUGAGGAUGAGAGGGAGGGGAGAGUAGAAAGUGAGGAUGAGAGAGUGGAAAUUGAGGAGGAGAGUGAGGAUGAGAGGGUGGAGAGUGAGGAGAGGGAGAGUGAGGAUGAGAGAGAAGCGGAGAUCGAGGAGUGCGGUGGUAGUGAUGGAGGGGAAGUUGGUGAGAGUGAGGAUGAGAGGGAGGAGAGAGAAGAAGAUGAGGGCCAGAGAGUGGAAAUUGAGGAGGAGAGGGAGGAGAUUGAGGAGUGUGGUGGUAGUGGAGGGGAAGUUGGCGAGAGUGAGUGUGGGAGUGAGAGGGGAGAGGAGGGCAGUCUGGAGAAUGAGGGAGAGGACGAGGAUGGGGAGGAGGGAGGUGAAAGAAACGCGGGAGAGGAAGCUGCUGAGAGUGAGUGCGGGAGUGAGAGGGGAGAGGAAGCGAGUUUGAAGAGUGAAGGAGAAGGCGAGGAUGAGAGGGAAGAGGGCAUCGAAGCGAGGGAGGAGGAGAAGGUAGAGAGGGAAGAGGAGAAAGGGACUGAAUCCGAGGAGGGAGCUGAAACAAACAGUGAAGAAGCAGAAGAAUUAGAGAAACCAGAAGAUGCAGAAGGGGCAGGAGACGAAGGAGAGGGGGAAUUACUGGGGGGGGCUGUGGAAGGGGUGAGGGGGGAGGACGGUGAGGUGGAGGAGGGAGAAAGUGAAACGGCUGGUGGGUGUGAGGACGAGGGUACAGUAGUGUGUGAAGAGAGCGCUGAGAGUGUGGAAGAGGCACAGGAGGAAGUAGAGGAGGGAGAGAAGGGAAAAGGAGUGCAUGAGAGUGUGGAGUUGAGUGGUGCAGAGAGAGCGGAGGGGAAGGCAGAUGCUGCUUCGUGCAGCGAUGAGGGGAGUGUGAUGGGAGAGGGGCACGUUAAGGAGAGAAGGGAUGAGACAACAGACGUGGCAGGGAGCGCUGACCUGGCGGGAACCGUCCUUGAUGCUGCUGAUGUGGCAGAUGCUGAUGUGGACGAAGGUGCAGACGUGGCAGAAGGAGCUGAUGUGUCAAGUGGUGCUGACGUGUUAGAAAGUCCGGAAGCAUGUGGCAGACAGGCAGAGGACACUGGAUUAGGCGCAAGAGGGAAGGAGGAAGGGAGUGAGGGAAGUGAGGAGGAAAGUGAGGAGGGAAGUGAAGAGGAGAGUGGGGAGACAACGGGUGUGGUCGAAGCUGGUGUGGAGGAAGAGAGCAGUGUGGCUGAGGAGAGUGUGGAGGAAGGGAGGGUGGAGGAGGGAGUGGAGAGAGAGGAGGAGCACCGGGAGGUAGCUGAGGAGGAAAGAGAGGAUGAGGUGGAGGUGAAGGGAGAGGAGGGCGAGGAGGGAGAGGAGGUGGAGGGUGAGGAGGGAGAGGAGGUGGAGGGUGAGGAGGGAGAGGAGGGAGAGGAGGAGGUGGAGGGUGAGGAGGGAGAGGGGGGAGAGGAGGUGGAGGAGGGUGAGGAGGGAGAGGAGGUGGAGGAGGGUGAGGAGGGAGAGGAGGUGGAGUUGGUGUCCUGA